AUGUUCCUUGGUUGUGCUUCCACAGGAGGUGGUCCUAUCCAGUUGUGGCAGUUUCUGUUGGAGCUCCUGAACGACACCUCCUGUCAAUCAGUCAUCAGCUGGACCGGAGACGGCUGGGAAUUCAAAUUCACCGAUCCUGAUAAGGUGAGAACGUCCCAUCCACUGAGAUAACCAGGGAGGACCCUCUCAGGAACGUCUAAAAUGAUACAAUGCAACACUUGAUUUGAUCAUCACUUCAUUCUUUAUCCAGCUACUAAUUCACAUUGACAAGACCUGAUGGAAGAGACAAAUAAGUUAAAAUGUUUUCCUGAUAUUGCCAUAGGAGACUGGGGAUGGGGUGGAACAAGAUUAUUUGACCCUCUCCCUCUCCCCUUCUCUUCUCCUCUUCACUCCUCCCUCUCUCCUCUCCCCCUCACUCCUCCCUCUCUCCUGUCCUCCAGGAGGCUAGGCGCUGGGGCCGGAGGAAGAACAAGCCUAAGAUUAACUAUGAGAAGCUGAGCCGAGGCCUGCGCUAA